AUGACAGACCCAGGAUCUGACGUGCGUGUGCCCAUAACGUAUGCGACACACUCAGCGUCGCAAGCGACGGCCCAACUUGCGCAUAUCGUCCCACUCCUUGCUGAGCAGUUCCCUCUGCGAAAUCUGCAUUGGCGUCCACCAGUGACGAUGCAAACUUUGCGUCCAUUGAAGCGAUCUAGUGGAUCGAGUGGCAUGGAUUCUGUGCCAGCGCUUCGAACGAUUCAAAACCUCAACGUGGAACUAAUUCCACUCGCGACGCACUUACCAAAUCAGCAAAAUGUCCAGAUUCUCGAACGUGUGCCUUGCGUGCACAUAUUCUUUGUCACAUGCGAUGACAUUGACGUGUACCGAGCGCAGGUGCGGAAUGAGAUUCGACAUUGGCUUGCAACGCUUCGAAAGCACAUACCCAAUGACUUUGAUCACCUAUCCACGAUACGGAGCGACGAGCAGGACAAGGCAGGCACUGCACUGCCGCCGGAACAUUUAAUUGUGCUAUUGCCGCCGCCAUCCAGUGGUGUCUUUACGGCGUCAAGCGCGACUAGCUCUGGAAAGAGUGCUAUGGGACGCUUCUAUACCAUGAACAAGGGCACGGUUCUUGAAAAGCUUCGUGCAGACUUUAAUUCGAGUGCCAAAGAGCAUGUGCUGGCCCUUUCGAAGCUACCUACCAGUAGCAAAGACAACGAUCCGGCUCUAUGGAUUGAUAUCAUUGCUCACAUCAAGACAUGUACGCUCGCAUCUCUUGGACGGGUGCUUGACAUGCAGGACCGCGUCGUUAGCAUGUACGAUGAAUCGACCAAAGGUGUCAACUGGACUCUGAGUGGUUCGAUCACACGCAAGGAGUUUGUCAUUCAGACACUCGAAGGACUCGGUCUCCUCCAUGAUGUGUUGCAUAUCUACGAUACGGUGGAGACGCAUCUGGAGCGCUGUAUCGCCGAUGGCCGGACGCCAUUUGUCCCUGGCGGAAACGAGCCUGGCGACGAUAGCCUUAUGCUCCUGGGUCCUUUACGCAAGCCGUACCUGUCGCUGAUGGCUUCGAACAGGCUCUCGCUCUUUGAUAUCCAGUGCUACUUGUACGCACGCCGCUCGACGGUGCAUGCGGCGCUUGGGGAAGUCGUGCAAGUGAUGCAGAUGACACCGGCAUUUAUCGCUUCCGUCACUCGCAUGCUUCGUCCGCACCGGCAUCUUCUCGCGCAAGCGUUCCUUGAGGCAUGGUCAUUCUCGGUGGCACUGGAUGCCGUCGAGCAGUGCCAAGCGUGGCUUGUCGAGGCGCAAGGAGAAACAGACGAUGUAAGGACGACACAUGCAUUCCAUGCAGCCAAAGCUGAGCUUCUGGAGCUCGCAGUCCGUCAGCUUAUCAGCAUUGGUCUCCAGUCGGGUCAUUUGCCGCGUGUAGAGCCAUUCCAGUUUGUCGCAUCCGAUUCACUCUCGAUGUUCGCGCCCGAUGCACGAAUCACUCGCAAGGAGCUCGUCGAGGCAAUGGCUCAUCGGCAUGUCUUUGAAUCACAGCUAUGCAAUGUGAUCCACCGCACGCUACUUGCUGCUGUUUUGUGCCAGCAGACUCCUCGCACACUCCGCCUCAAGUAUCUAUUCGCGUGCUUCCACAUGAGCCGUUCGUCAUUCCACCAUGCGCAUGCCCUGUGGGAUGAGCUGCUUGCACACCCAGCGUUGCCUUAUUCCGCUGUGCUUUAUGGUCCUACACACUCGCAGUACCUGGCGUGCCUCCAGGCUGAGCACUUAGCCCAUGGUGACGUAUGGAUCCAGGCGCUUGUGGCAGCUAUCCAGGCGAUCAGCACCUUGCGAGCACAGCCACUUAGCCCGCAGCCCAUGGAUGAAAUGAGCCUCCUCACAUGGCUGGCUGAUGAAAGCGACAACCAACACACGUAUGCCACGCUCGUUGGCUACAAUGGAUGCCGCGUACAUGUACGCAGCGUACGUGCGGACCGUGACGGUGCUCAUACGUUCUUGGACAUUGAUCUCCUUUCAUACCUACCAAAGCCAUUAUCUGUUGAUGCCGUUCAUAUCUGGGUCGCCAACUACCGUCAAGUCCAGCUCCAGUUCAGCGCGAGUGCACAUACACUAGAGCCGGGGCUCAAUCGUCUGCGCCUUGUGUGCAUGACCAGUGCCGUCGGCUACUUCCACCUGCAAGCGACGCAGAUCCAGUUCCGCCGCGUGCUUUUGGAGAGCAUUGUGCAGAGCGCUGCCUCCUUAUCCACACUGGCUGAUGCACAGCAACUCGAGUACCGACGUCAUCGUAUAUGCAUUCCUGCAGAUGGCGCCGCACUGCAGAUGCAUGUGUCAAUGCCACGUGUAAUGUCUUUGCAGGAUGCGCGAUCCGUCGAACUGCAUCUCGACAGUGGAAGAGACCCCUUGGAGGAAGCCACUAUUUCUGUCACAGCGCACGGCGAUGUGCGUCUCAAGCUGGACGAAGACCCAUGCUUGGCUUGCGAUAACGGUGAGACCAGCGUGUCACGAACCGAGUCUGGUUCCUUGCUCCUUCGGCAUUUACCAGCGCGCACGUCGUGUACUAUGGCUUUGCCGGUGUCGUAUAUGCCACGGACGCCGUACAUCGAGCUGUCCAUCGUUGUCUACUUCCAGCGGAAUGGCUACGAUUGCUCUGUCCAUCGCACUUUGCGUGCACCACUUCAUUUGCCAUUUAGUAUCAACAUUCAGGACUUCUUCCGUCUGCACCAUCUUCUAUCGAAGCUGUCCUUGGAAACCACCGCCGGCACGCAUGUGCGUGUCUGCACGCCUCAGGUGACAGCUUCCGAAGAGGGGCCGGUGAGUAUACAGGUCCCGGUGCAAAGUGUACCUCUUCGGAUGCGUCCACGUGAAGCGAGCACAUUUUUACUCCAGUUCCAGUACAAAUACCUUGGCACUCGCCGAGCGGCCAAUCCUCCAUUUGCGCUGUCGAUUGUCUAUCGCACGGCAGCCGACGAAGCCCAAGGCCUUGCGCUGUAUUAUUUGUCGCUACUUCUCGCGCAAACGCCGUCGUGGAUGGAUGGCGACCAGCAGCUGCUGCAGCGCGCGUUAUGCGAAUGUCUUGAACACGCGACAUUCGACGUGGGAUCAACUCCGAUGUACGAAGCCAAGUAUUGGCACGACACACUCUUCCGUUGGGGCUGGCCACAGGAAUCUCAGCGAUCUAUCCAAGUACUUGAGCUUGUUCGCCGCGUGUUUGCUAGGCUGGAGGAUCCGUCUAUGGAUGCCAUGCUUAUUCCGACAACCGCGCCGUCACAUGUGCAGCAGAACGCAGCACAACAGCAUGCAUGGGAGGCGAGUCAAAAGUGCUUACAAUGGCGCACACUCACUCUGCCGUUGGAUGUGCCAUUCGUCGAUGCUGUCAAUUCCGUGAGCAUUCUCGCGCCAGAACGUUCACAUAUUUCACUGGGCGAGCCUAUCGACAUCACGAUCGACGUAACAAUUUCCCUUGUUUGGUCCCAAGCGUCAGAUGACGAUGAUGUGUCCACAGUCCUGCAGUACAAUAUCCUCACCGAUUUCGACAACUGGCUUGUCUGGGGCAAUAAAAAAGGCAUGUGGGAAAUCCCGGCUCAGCAGCUCGAGAGCCACCACACGAUUCACGCGACUUUGCUUCCUGUGCGUACAGGAUGGCUCUUAUAUCCCCGCAUUCGAAUCGCGCCAAUCGGUCCGGCAGCGCGUCCAUUUCGUUGCGAAACCUACAUGCGCCAGGCUGACCAAGGCAUCUAUGUCGUUUCAUCUUCACAUCCAGAUACAUAUUGGGUUGACUUGCGACCUGUUGAGAUAGCGGCCCAUUGA